UAGUUUUUUAAAUGCAAUCACCGGUCUCAUUUCCUUAUUUUAUCAUGCUUUUUUUCACUUGACUUGUGUUUUAGAAUAUCCAAGUUUAGUCGUUAAGUUCAAGAAAAUACUCAGUUUUAUAUUUACAGUUCCUGCAUCCGUAAACUUCACUCAGCACUAUCCAAAGAAUGGAUUCUCCUUUCAGCCCAAAGUUUGUCGCCUCACCACCAUGCCGAUUUCUCAAUCGAAGCAAAAACAAUUCCUCUCUUUUUCAGCGGUCCAAGAAAGCUUCAACGCGCAGUGCCUCUCACAUCGAUCAAAUAUACCGAUCAGCUAACCAUGUCGUAGAACAAUUUACAGGACACAUACCUGUCCUGAUUCUAGAAGCCCUAAUUUCUUCAGAACGUUCCACUUUGCCAAGUGUAAAUAUUUCCUCAAAUGAAGGCUGGGCAUGGUUUGUUGUUGGACGAAGAUUAUUUGUGUGGCAGACAAUCGGCUCUUUUGCUAAAUCUCUCCAAUGUUGGGAACUCACGUUGCCACCCAGCGAUCUAGCCCAUGGAGCAGCUCUUGUCUCUGUUUUCAUGAAAAAAGGAAAUUCAAUGCCGUCCUGCCUUGCUGUAUCUCCAGAGGGGACAUGUCGCUUUUGGCCAAGCAUUGUGAAUGAUAGUAUAUCUGUUGAGGCUAACGCAGACUUACAGGGUCAAGAGUGUGAUAGUUUACACUAUAUUCCUCCGCUGGGUUUCAUAUUAGUGACCACUACAGCCACAUUAGUCCACAUUCAACCAAAUGUAACAGCAGGGCGACACUCAUUGGCUUGUCAAGUGUUCCGCAGUUCAUCUGGCUGGUUAAGUGGAAUCGGACGCCGUGUUUCAUCUCUCUUCUUGGGUUCCAUGAGUUCUCAAUCAUUAGAUGUGAAAUUGGUGAAGCUUGUUACCAAGAAGAGUUCAAACUUAUCGACUGAUAAAUGGCACAUCUAUGUUUUAACCAGUGUUUGUUUACAAAAAUGGACCUUGUGCUCAGAGGAGCUUGAGAAGUUGAAUUAUGAGGUGGAUAUUAUCCAGCCCAUAAGAGAAGCCCUGUCUCGUACAUCAUGGGAGGUCUGUGCAGGAGAUAACAAAAUCAUUUUGUAUGACAUGCAGCCCACUGACAAAGGAGUAAUGAUAUUGGUCAAUGGAGCUGUUUUGCAAACAUCUCAACUUGGCUAUGCUCUAAUAUCGGUGGACACAGAUGAAGACUCGCCCCCAUCUCGUGCUCAAGUGCAACAUAUUUUCAACCUCCAGCAGCUGAGUGCUCCACACACCGAACACGAAGAACAGCCCCUUAAAAUGCUCGUUCAUGACCUAACAGCUUAUGUCUACAAUCAUCAAGUUAUCGUUGCAAUUGUCCUUGGCCCAAACCAAAGCGAAAACGAUAUCAUAGAGCUCCCCAACGUAAGCGAAGAAGUGGAUCUUUUGGGUGGGUUCAUCGUCAAUCACGUACCUGUUUUCUUUUCAAAACAUUACGGACUUGUCUCAGUCACAGGAACGGACUUCAGCGCAUCUGAUAUUCUCAAUAGCAGUGCAUUGAGUGCUGUUGCAGCCAACAGUCCAGAAGUGUUUGAGCCAAUCAGUGCAGCGCAGACAAACGAAGCCAGUGCAUACUCCAGGAUGCAAGCUGCGUUUUUGGCCUAUAUUCAGAAGAACAUGUCUCAGUGUGAACAACUUAUUCAAGAGACUUUCCCUGUCGAGGUAGACGCUGCGCUGUUGAUUGAUGCAAAUCUAGACUCAGUUCUAACAAAAAUUGGGUUUGAUCUAUUGGAUGAUAUUCCAUCACGUGAUCCAAGAUGGGCAGACACCUCCAAGUCAUCGAGUGUUUACAAGUUGAACAGAGUACAGUCUUUACAGAUUCGCAAUCAACUUGAGGAGAAACAAAGGGUGCUGGACUGGUAUCUCUCGUUCGUCAAAGAUACGGAACUGUGGAAUCGUUUGGGAGGUAAAACUUGGAAUGGCGUUAUUAUGGCAACAACAUAUGUUCUUGCAGAACAAGCAGAAAAGAUCCAAGCGUCAAUAUCUUUUUACCAGCAACAAACCCAACAUCUGGAGAUCAUUGAGUGGAUAAUACAGAAAGUCAACGAUAAUCAUGGCUUUAAGCCCAGUGGUGGUCUGACCCAACAAGACCUGUUUUUCCGUUGUGUUAGCAUCAUUCAUGAGGCAUUACAGCAAGUCCAGUCGUGGACAGAAGAAGCUGUCCAUUCCGACAAAACGCCACAACAAAUUGCCGCAGACAUAGUUGCUGCCAACUCACUGCUCCUCGAAGUCUUGAACGAUGUCUUCAAGCUGAGGUCAACCAAGGCAGAAAAUUUUAAACCAGGCCAUGCAGCUUUCACAACAUUCAAAGAAUACGUUCCUUGGACAGCUGCAAAAGGUGACGUAGGCCUCCGUGAUAUGCUGCUCGCGCAGUACAACCUCACGUUGAAACAUGGCGUAAGAAUGUGCAAGAAGUCUAACAUGAGCUGCCAGCUAUCAGAUCAGCUUGUGGAGCUUGCUGAUGUAAUUUUGAUCGGGUACAAGAACCACGUUGACACUCUGAAUAACAAAUCACCAAAGCAACAGGCCUUGUUGCAGGAGUACGAAAAUACACGCUAUACCCUCAUUCAGCCUUUUUUCGCUGAUAAAGACUACGAAAGGGCUACAAUAUUGGCAGAAAAGUACAGCGAUUUCUCUAUGUUGAUUCAGCUGUGUGACAUUACUUGCAAUACAACAAAGCUAGAUCAUUACAUUGAGCAAUACGCAGAUGAGGGUUUCUCGAAAUUUUUAAUAGCGUGGUAUAUACGUGAAAACAAGCAGGCAAGAUUAUUACAGUAUUGCAGGGAAGGCUCAAAGAACCUGCGGUUACUGGGACAGUGUCUAGGGGACCAUCCGACUAUCUCGUGGAUUCAAGCUGUUUUCGGGAAAGAUUUAAAAUUGGCUUUUAAUACCUUGAUGGACCUGGCAAAGUCAGAAACAGAUCUCCUCGCAAGAAAGAAGACCCUCCUGUCUCUAACUAAAUUAAUCUUGCUGAUAAUAGAAGGUGAAGAAUCCCGACACAUGAAACAAAUAUUGGAUGACCUAGAACUGAUCUCAUAUCAGGAAAAUUUACCAUUACCUGUUUUAAAUGCUUAUGGCUAUGAUCCAGCCACAAUUCGUGUGUUUACUCCAGUAGAACUGAUUAAGUUUUUCAUCUGUGAAGAAAAUUCAGCAGCUAAUGAAUGGGAUUUCAAGAAUAGUUUGGACCUGCUGAAGUAUGUCGAGAAAGAUGAACGAGAUCAUUUGAAACUGGAAAUAUGGGUAAAGGCCAUUUUGAGAGAUGUCUGGCCUGUUCCUAGUCAAGAACUUCCUCCUGACAUAAUUACUCUCAUUAGAAACUACACUGUUUUCAAAACUAUUGAUCUUUUGCUCAGUCUAGAUGUGGAUGCUGACGAAUUUUUGCCUCCACUUGAAACAAUCCUGCAGGCGGAAGAACUCAGUGAGCUAGUCGAGAAUGCAAAUUUCAGAUUUCUACUUCAAGUCGGCUUCGAACAUUAUCUCAAACCAUCGUCCGAUCAGCAAAUGAUUUACUAGUAAGAUUCUCUAUUACCUCUAAUUGUUCCUUCUUAACACCCAACAGAGCAAAAUCAUUAUUUUGUGUUGACAAUCUCAAGAGCACCUUAUCAAAACUGAAGAUGCGAAUUAAAGGGGAUUUAGCACAAUUUUCACAAGCGGGAAAGAAACCGGUGACUGCUAACCCAGUGAUAAAAUUUGUUUGCGUUUUUAUCCCUGAGACAACUUUUGUAAAAAUGUUUAAUUUUUUUAAUUACUCAUCAUGGAGAAGCCAGCUUCGUGUAAAUGAAAUGAACACUGACUGUUUUUCCCACUUUUUUUAAAGUCAGCAAGAAAAUUUGAUCGAUGUUAAUGAAAUGGAAUAUUUAAUUAAAAAAAAAAAAAAAAAAAAAAAAAAAAAAAAAAAAAAAAAAAUUCCUCUUUAAUGCUGCGGAGAUUUUGCAAUUUAUUCAUCUGCUUAAGAAAUCAUUCUCAUUUUAUUUGUUAUCAAACAAAAAGGCAAUAUCAAGAAAAGUGGUAUUUCAAGUUCUUUGUUACAUGGAGUUCAAAAGGUUGCACAGCUUUAGUGACUUUGCAAAUAAAAAUGACGAGUCAUUAAAAUCGCAAUUCAAUCUGGUUUCUAAAUUUUGUAAAGCUGAUACUCAAAUUUGACAGACUAAAAGCAUGGGAGUUUGUGCCGCUGCUUAGUGAGUAAUGUUUUUAAGUCGAUUCCUAAAUGGUUACUAUGUAUUAUGUGAUUUAGUCUCCUAAAUCUUGUAUUAGGUAACUAGGUGCAAAAUUGAAUGGUGUCAGAUAAAAAUUGAAAAAAAGGAAAACAAUCUAUGCUAUAAUAACCUAUUGAAUAGUACAGUCCAGUCCGUACCUGAAUUUACUUUCAUACUUUUCUAUCUCUCCCCCCUUUUUUUAAAAAAAAA